UUCUGUAUCUGAUCUCUCACUCAAAGCACACACAUCAAAAUCAAGUACCUUAGAUUCAUUCAAAUGGAACCCUUCAUCAGUAAAAGAAAUGAGUAAAAGAAAAAUAUCAUGAAAAUCCAUUUUUCUGAAACUCCCAUGUGGCAUGUGCUCAGAUUCAUCACCACCUGCCGCCACAUUCAUUCUCUCUCUCUCGCUCUCUCUGUGUAAUAUCAGAAAGAGUUUACACUUUUUUGCAGGAAUAUUGGAACUAAAACACUAUGCAUAACCUGAGACUUUGAACUUCCAAAAUUACAUCCAACUCUUUCUUCAACAUUCAACUCUCUCUAAAAUGGACUCAAGAACUCGUCUUGAUUAUGCUCUCUUCCAACUCACACCCACCAGAACCAGGUGUGAUCUGGUGAUAUUUGCCGGUGGUUCAAAUGAGAAAUUGGCUUCCGGACUUCUAGAGCCGUUUCUUUCACAUUUAAAAUCUGCUAAAGAUCAGAUAUCCAAAGGAGGGUAUUCCAUCACUCUUCGUCCAGUGGGUUCAGAUGCCUCUUGGUUCACAAAAGCCACUGUGCAAAGAUUUGUGAGAUUUGUGAGCUCACCAGAAGUUCUUGAGAGAUUUGUUUCGGUGGAGCGAGAGAUAGUACAGAUUGAGAAUGAAUUGGCUAAUGCAGCAGUAGGAGAUGAAGAUGGAAAUGAAGGUGGAAAUUUCCAAAAGACAGUUGCUUCAUCUAAGUGGAAAGGCGAAUUCAAUGGAGCCGACGAUGCUGUGCAGGAAGAAAAUUCCAAGAUCCGUCUUCAACGUGCUCUGGAGACUCGGAAGGCAGUACUUUGCAAAGAGCAAGCAAUGGCAUACGCCCGUGCCUUGGUUGCCGGAUAUGAACCAGGCUGUAUAGAGGAUCUUAUUUACUUUUCUGAUGCCUUUGGAGCUUCCCGUUUAAGGCAAGCAUGCAUAAAUUUCAUGGAUUUGUGCAAGAAAAAGAAUGAAGAUGGACUCUGGAUGGAUGAAAUCGCCGCGAUGCAGGCCUUCUCUCAGCCAGAGUUGCCUUACAUUGCAACAUCUGGAAUCAUUCUUGCGGGUGAAGAUAAUGAUCCUACAGGGAAGCAGAUCGGCUCAGCUGAUGGAUCAGUGUCUGACACAAAUCAUGAUAAUAAUUUGCCCACGGAUGGAAAAGCUCAAGUGCCAAUGUCAUGGGCAAACCAUAUUCCUCAGUACAUGCACAACUUUCAAGGCCCCAUGGUUCACCAAGUGACGCCGUAUCAAGGUUACCAUUUUCCAGGUAUGCAGGUACCUCCACCAUAUUAUCCAGGGAACAUGAGGUGGCCUCCAAAUGCGGAAGAUUCUAAUCUGGCGCAUGAUUGGGAGGUAGAUGAUCGAAGAAAUCAUAAAUCUUCCAGGAAUAGGAAGAAAUCUUCACGUAAAAGUCGGGAAACUUCAAAACAAGAUGAAUCCACUGAGCCUAGCGAUUCCAGCUCUGAGAAUGAAUCAAAUGAAGAUAUCCAGAAUGGAAAUAAGCAUUCUUUGAGGAAAAAACAUGGGAAACAAUCCUCAAGAAAGGUUGUUAUCCGCAAUAUUAAUUACAUCACUUCUAAUAGAGAUGGAGAGAGGAGCAACACCGCUGAGGAAACUUCGGACGAUGAUGAACUUAUUGAUGGGAAUUCCCUAAAGCAGCAGGUAGAGGAAGCCGUUGGCUCAUUGGAGAAACAACAUAAAUCAUCCUCACACCACCGCAAGAAAGAUGGGGUCAAGAGGUCUAAUGAUGCAGUUAAAAGAAAUGAUAACUGGGAUACUUUUCAGAGUCUUCUCAUGAAAGAUGAUGAUACAAAUUCUUAUGGAAUGGAUCCACACCCUGUAUAUAUACAGGGUGAAUAUUCCACACAUAAGAGCUCAAGACCGGGAAGGUCAUUUGAAUUCAACAUGGAAUCUGAGCAGCUGAGAAAAGAAAGAGCAGUUGCAAGUGAUUCCUUUGUUGCAACAAAGACAAAUACAGGUAGUGAAGGGGAGACUCGCUUUGGAAACUUAGAAGCAAGUGAAUAUGGCCGUCCGGUUGUUAAGGGAAGAGAUAGCACACAUGAGGAGUUCUUAUUUUCACAUAGAAAUGGGGGUUCAGGGAACUAUUCACAAGCUGCACUAUCUGAUUAUGCCAAUGCUUCUACUAUGAUCAAAACUCAAAAGGAAGGAGACUGGAUCACUGGCAACCAACCAGAUAGAUCAGCAAAUCACUGGCAAACAAGUUUUGAAGGGGAUUUUGCUUCAUCAAUGGCUGGCGACAGUUUCCACCGCGAGAAAAGUAAGAAAGAUGUUCUAGCUGAUGACUCUUUUAUGAUCCAAGCUCGGCCGCUAGUAAAUGAUCAAUCUGAUUCUCAUGUAAGGUCAGAUAUAAGCAUGGUUACAGACAUUAUUGAGGCUACUCUAUAUGAAAAUGAGACACCAGAAAUAUCUCAUGAUAAGUCGGAAGCUUUUGGCAACCAUGAGCCAGAUGAUCUUUACAUGGUUCUUGGGCGUGAUUCAGCUGCAGAGCAGGCUGCAGCCUCUUGGACACCAGAAAUGGAUUUUGAAAAUAGUAUUGUAUCAACCAAAGCCAAUGAAAAUAACUCUAAUGCUGAAACCGGUGCUGGGGAUAAACAAACUAAUGGUAAGGGUGCUGGCAAAAGAGGAAUUCCUGGAGGAAAAGUUUUGACUAAAGAUGCAAGGUCUAAACUUCCAAGUGCUUCUCUUGGCAAGAGCAAAACUGACAUCAUAUCAAGGAGCAAGAAACCAUCUCCCGGAAACAGACCCGCAGUUCAGAGAAGUAAAUUUGAUAAGGAAGAAGAGAACAGGAAGAGAAUGGAAGAGUUACUGAUUCAGCGACAGAAGAGAAUUGCUGAAAGGAGUGCUGCUAAUGGUGGUUCAGCAACAGUAAAAAGAACUCCGACAGAAAAUAAAUCUUCCAUAGCCUCAAAGAAGAAAGGAAAAAGUGAAAUUCAGUCCCCAACCAAAGAGUCUGCCAAAUUACACAAAUCAGUCUUCAGGAGUUCCACCAUAGAUCGCCUAGCAACUGCGCGGACAACUCAGAUGGUGUCACCAACGCCAACAAAACCAGAUCAACCCAAAAAGCCAAUUUCGAAGUCAAAUGGUACUACAACUACCAUGUCACAGAAGACUGCCGAAGCUGAAAAUAAGAAAUCAAGUGCAAAGAAAGUGAAACCUUCAGAUAAGAAAAAUGGUCAAGAAAUGGUAAAUGAGGUUCUUUCUCGUCGUAACUCUGAUGUUCAAGAAAAGCAGGAUAGCAUGGACGCCAAGUCAGCAUUACCAAUUGAGACAACAGCUACACAAUCAACUCACCAUACCAGUGCCAUUGACGAUUGCAAAGACAUUAAGGGGUUACACAAUAUUUCUUCAACUGAGAAGAUUGAAGGGGAUAUCAAUUCACAAAGAAGUACCUUGGAUGACAGAAAUUGUAAUGAGAAUAUGAUUAAUAAGCCCUCUGCACAAUUGGAUCGCUCAAAAAGUGAUGAAGAAUUAUCCAAGGCACCUACAGGUCUUUCUGAAGAUACAAAAGUUUCUGAAGAUAAGGUUGCAUACGUUUCUGAAACGACCGUGCAUCCUGCACCAGCAUCACUUGACAAAGGUUUGAACUCUUCUAGGGUAAAUAUUGAAGAAAGUGAUGGAACAAAUGAAAAUUUCCGCUCUGCUGAAAUUUCGGAGAUAAAAAUCUCAACUCCCCCACCUAGUGAAAUUAUAGCAGAACCAAAUCACUCCAGAAAGAAAUGGAACAAUGAAGACAACUCUCCAAAAGCUGCCAAAGGGUUUAGAAAACUACUUUUAUUUGGAAGGAAAAGCAAAAACUAUUAUGUUGCUUGAUCUCAUAGACUUCUAGGUUUUCUUUCUUUUUUUUUUUUUUUUUUUUUUUUUUUUUUGUGCUUGCCCCUUAUGUGUGUGCAUUUCAUGUCAUGGUGCCUCUGCCUUGGAAUGUGGGUUGCUCAAGAGCUGAAGGUGGAGCAACCAGUCGAACUAUUGGAUACGUUGCCAACCUUUGCCACCAUGUGACUAUCAAGAACAAUGUAGACGGCUUUCAUACACAAUAAGGCCUCGAGUGUUUCUGCCAUGAGAAUCGUAAUGUAAUUUAUGGGAAUUUGAGUAUCUAGUCUGAGAGUGUAAACAGGUAAUCACUUUAUUUGUUAUUCCUUUUGAAUCUGCAUUGAUAUGUGCCGAGUCCUUUUUAGAUCACUUGUAAUCUUCAUUUUUACUUCUGAUUGUUUUCCGGAAAGCUGGUAAUGACUUUUUGCUGUGAAUGCAUUUUUAGCUAAUUUCUAUGGCAGGGGAAUUCAACUU